AUGGCUGGCCUUCAGGCGUCCGGACUCGCUUCGGGGUCCCCAUCCAAUUUCUUCAGAGCUAAGUUGGAUGACGUUCGGUAUCUUGUUACGGUGUUGAAGGCCCUUGCCUAUAAAGAUAAAGCCCAGUGCAUCCUGAGCCCCCAAGGCCUCCGCGUUAUCACCGAAGACUCCCAAGCGUCUCAGUCAAGAGGAUAUCUCGAAGCCUCGCAUUUUCGGGAAUACAAUUUCCCAGAUUUAGAUCGGCCGGGGGACCAUGAAAACGAUCAAGAAGCAGCAGAAAACUCCGAAGACCAGCCCGGAACAGCGUCGAGUAUCACGUUCGGGAUUGACAUCCAGGCUCUGCUGGAUUGCUUGACGAUAUUUGGUGGGGCGUCGGCGCACCCAUCAACUACUGCAACUGGCGGGGAUCCAUACGACUUCCCUACCCAGGAAACCCGCGCCAUCCCCAUCGAGACGUCCCGCGUCCCCGUCCGCAUCACUCGCCCCCUCACAGGUGGCGUUCUCUCCCUCAUGCUCGAAGAACGUGAGGUGGUGACCGUCUGCCAACUGAACACGACUGAUCCGGAACCGAUCUCCGAACUCCACUCCCGGUUCAUCGAAAGCCGCGUCGUUGGCAAAGUGAUCAUGAAAUCCGAAUGGUUGCGUGAUGCCUUCUCGGAACUCGAUGGGACGUCCGAUACCUUGACGCUGAUCGUCGCCUCUGUUGCGCCGUACUUUAGACUGGCCGCCUCUGGGUUGGCCGGCGACGCGCAGAUGGAUUACCCCAAGGAUACCGAUGUGGUGGAAUCGUUCAGUUGCCUUGAAAACACCCGGAAUAACUAUCGAUACGCAUCGAUUGCGCCGUGCCUGAGAGCGUUGGCGUUUUCGACAAAGACGUCGAUUAGGGUUAACGAAACGGGCUUUCUGAGUUUGCAGUUUAUGAUACCCCUGAAUGAAAAAGACGUUACGUUUGUCGAAUACCUCGUCUCGCCGUUGAUCCGGAACGACAACGAUGAUCAAAACAGCAAUGACGAAAACGAGAAUCAAAACACCGCAGGCUCGUAG